AUGUGCACUAAAAAUGAUGAAAAUAAUAAAGAUGAAAUUGAAGUUAUUCAGGGUUUUAAGAGUUAAUUGGUUUGCCGAAACAAUAUUAAAUCUAAAUCAGCCUAUUUGAUUAUACUAUUACUUUAUUUGAAUAGCAUAGAAAUAAGAUAGAUUAGAUUUAGUUAAAAUUUUGAAUUAGAAUUAAGACUAGAGAAUUAAAUAAGACCUGAUUUUCACUUAAUAUCAGAAGCCAUAACAAUCUUGAAUGAGUGUAUUACUAAUAUAAAUAAUAAAAUAAAAAAAAUCAAAAAUAUAGCAGUAUUGAAAAAUUGA